AUGCAUCCCCAAGGUGAUCGCGAGGUUGUGCAAGGAGGUAAUAAACAGCACCCGAUCCCCGUCCUGCGCCGCCACCACGCACUCCUUCGCGAUCGGGAAGGCCUCCUCGACCUUGCCCAUACUCAACAACAGCGUGGAGAGGUUCAUCAUCGUCGAGCAGGAGGGCCGGCCGCAGACCCGCGUCUCGACGUCCCGGGCCUUCUCCAGGCAGUCCAGGGCCUCGUGGAUUUUGCCCUCCCGCCGGCAUUGGCAGCCCAUGUUGUUGAGCGAGACGGCGUGGAGGAGCAGCCAACCCUCCUGGUGAAGUCGCCGCUCCGGGGGGGCCCGCGCGGCGUUCGCGGCCUUCGGGGGGGGCGAUGGCGUUCGCGCGGGGAGGAGUCGCUGAGCACCCAACGAACGGCCGCCUCGGAGGCGCGAAAGGCCCGGCAGAUGAGCUCGUGGCUGCGCUCAAGCUCGUUCUGGCGGAGCGCCUCGAUGGCCUCCUCAUUGCACUUCAUCACCUCCUCCAGGGACAUGGCGGGCAGGUGGUGGGGAUAG